AUGCGUUUCACGUCGCUCGUCACUCUUCUCCCUGCCCUGGCCAUGGCCCAGGAGCAGGUCCCUCUCGCCGACCGCGUGCAGGGCUGGUUCAACCAGGUCAAGUCGUACGUGCCGACAGCAGCUCCCGUCGCCCCGAUCGAGAAGCUGGCCGAGAAGAUCUCUGAGAAGAGCGUCACCCCGGUAUCCAUGAACAACUAUCAAAGCAUCCUCACUCCCGGCCCCAAGGAAGAGGACUGGUUGAUCUUCACCACUGGUGGCAACAAGACCUGUUUCGGUCGUUGCGCCCAGGCCGAGAAGGCCUUCAAGGAAUCCGUCCUCCUCUUCUCUGCUGACCCCACCUCCCCUCACCUCGGAUACCUGGACUGCGAAGCCAACCAGGUUCUGUGCGCCGCCUGGUCCGCCAGCGCCCCAUCCGUGCAGUACUACCAGGUCCCCAAGGAACAGCCUGCUGGCGAGGAGCGCGCUCUCACUCCCCUCCGCACCAUCUACCUCAACUCUACCACCGUCACUCCCGAGACUAUCUACGAGAUUCACUCCAAGAAGACCUAUGAGAAGGUUUCUCCUUACGAGGGUGCGCUCCACCCCGUUGACGGCUUGCUCGCCAAGUACCAGCUCAAUAUCCCUCUGGGAUACAUCAUCUGGGGCCUCGGCGCUGUUCCCAGCUGGUUGUUCAUGAUCGGCAUCAGUUUCUUCAGCCGUACCAUGAUGAGCCGUCGUACGGGCCCUACUGGCAAUGCCCCUCGUGCUGCUCCCGCCGGUAGCGCUAACUAA